UAAGCAGGCAAAGGGAGAAAGUGUGCUUCGCUGCAUGUUAAGUAGAAGUGGAUGACCACUAAAACUCAUUACUUAUGACAAAAGGAUGAGCCUGGGGAAAAAUAAAGCCAGAGCUGAGCGAACAUUACCAACCAUCUGAAGAAAAGCAGACCAAAGGUACUAGAAAUGUAUUUCUGAGGUUGUGUUAUAAAUCUGUACUUUAGCCCAAAUAUACAAUUUUCUUUUACUAUGUUUUUACUUUUUCUCGUAUUCUCACAAAUUACUGCUUAUAAUUAAUUCAUAGUCUUCCUAAUAGUCUCAUAGUCUUAUUAAGUGCAGUGUCCUGUGUGUCAUUGUUGUGUGAGUGUGAGCUUAUUAUGGCAGGAAGGAUGUCAGAUGUCAGCAGAGCCUCAAAAGUCAAAUGUGAUGGAAAAGAAAGAAAAAAGGAAAGAGCAGCACAGAGACAAAAGAGAAAAGGAGCUACAAAUAAUUGUGCUGCCGGUUCUGCAACCGAGGCUAGUGAGAGGCUUCCUCUUAUCGGCUCCUCAGAGACCAGGACAACAGCAAUCACCACACGAGCUAGGAAAAGAAAGUGUGCUCAGCCUCCUAUUUCUACUGCCCUCCAGAGCAGCUUCAUGACACCCUGGGAAGUUUCCUCCAAUUCCUCUUGUACCAGCAUUCCCCCUGCUCCUCCUCUCCCUUCUCCUCCUUCUUCUCGACCCCCUCCACCAAUCACAUCAUCAGAGACUUCUUCAAAUCCACCACAGACCAUCAGAAACACCAACCCUGAUAGUCGAGAAAGUGCUUGUGUGAAGAGACAACCCCUGCCAUUACGAGGACCCUCCAGACCCUCGCGCUUACCUCCGUUACGCCAAGUUUCCAAUCUCAGCUUUUCACGAAGCUUCACUUUCUCAUUUUUCGAGCUGCCAUGGCAUCAGUCAGUGCAAAACCGAGCAGAUCGGUUCAAAGAGCUUGUUGUACUGCUGAGGAAGAUACAUUACUGACUGAACUGAAUCUCAUUAUUCCUUAGUCAUUACUAAUAUAAAAAUGGUCAUAGCUGGUACAGUUAUUAUUAUUUAUAUAAGUUUUGAGCCUUGUAAUAUAAAAAUAUGUGAAAUUGAAUCCAAUGGGAAUUUUAAUUUGACUCAGAAAAGGUCCUAUUGAUAAAUUUCUCAAUA